CACAGUUCCCUUUCCCUUCUCUCUUCACCAUGAUCUCUAUUUUCUUCAUUCUAUUAAUGAUCCCUUCUGCAACUUCAUUAGACUUCAACUUCACCAGUUUCAGUCCCUAUAAUGAUAACAUAACCUAUGAGGGAUCUGCUUAUCCCAGAAACCAAAUCAUCCAACUAACACAAGCUCAAUCAGCGAGCAUCGGUUGGGCCACAUACGUUCAACCCUUGCACCUAUGGGACAAGGCCUCAGGAAAUCUCACCGACUUCACCACCCAUUUCUCCUUCGUCAUAGACACAAAGAACAGGUCUGGUAGUCAUGGUCAUGGGAUUGCCUUCUUCCUUGUGCCUGCUGAUUCACAGAAGCCUAAUGUCAAAAAGGGUCGGGGUCUUGGUCUUGCAAGUGACACCCAGCCACUGAACACAACUGCGAAUCAUUUUGUUGCGGUGGAAUUCGAUAUUUAUAAGAACCGUUGGGAUCCAAACGACACCCAUGCAGGUAUUGACAUCAACUCUAUGCAAUCAAUCCGUAAUGUGACAUGGUGGAAUAGUAUUAUAAAUGGGACGAAAAAUGAUGCAUGGAUCAGUUAUAACUCUAGUUCUAAAAAUCUAAGUGUCGUCUUCACUGGUUUUAGGGAUGAUAGUACUAUUCUGCAGGAUAACCUUUAUUAUGAAGUUGAUCUGAGGCUUUACCUCCCAGAAUGGGUUAGUUUUGGCUUCUCAGGUGCAACAGGAAAUGCAUCAGCCAUACAUGCCAUUUAUUCAUGGAGUUUCAGCUCAAGUUUACAGACUGAUGAAAAUAAAACAAAUCCAACAUCGCCAGAAGGAGAAACGCCAACUUCCAAUCCCAACUCUAAUCCUUCAAGAAAAAUCAAGGUUAAACUAGUGGUGGGAUUGACUGUCGGUGGAUGUGCUUUCGUUGGUGGUUUGAGUUUGGUUUUGUUUUUGUUCUUGAAAAGUAGAAGGGGAAAAGUUGAUAAUCCAGUCAUUGAUCAGCUAUCCAUGGAGGAUGACUUUGAAAAAGGUACUGGACCCAAGAAGUUUCGGUACAAUGAAUUGGCUAGUUCAACCAAUAACUUUGCAGAGGAAGGGAAGCUUGGAGAAGGAGGGUUUGGAGGGGUUUACAAAGGUUUCUUGAAGGAAUUGGACUCUUAUAUUGCUGUUAAGAGGGUAUCAAGUGGGUCUAAACAAGGGAUAAAGGAGUAUGCAUCAGAAGUAAAGAUCAUUAGUCGAUUGAGACAUAGGAACUUGGUCCAACUGAUUGGUUGGUGCCAUGAGAAAAGAGACCUACUACUUGUUUAUGAGUUCAUGCCCAAUGGCAGCUUAGAGUCUCAUCUUUUUAGUGAAAGAAGCUUGCUGACCUGGGAGAUGAGGUACAAAAUCGCUCAAGGGUUGGCAUCAGCAUUGCUUUAUCUUCAUGAAGGAUGGGAGCAAUGUGUACUGCACAGGGAUAUAAAAUCUAGCAACAUCAUGCUGGAUUCAGGUUUUAACGCUAAACUUGGGGAUUUUGGGCUAGCUAGGCUUGUUGACCACGGAAAGGGAUCACAAACCACAGUUUUAGCUGGAACCAUGGGCUACAUGGCUCCAGAAUGUGCCACAACAGGCAAGGCCAGCAAGCAGUCUGAUAUCUACAGCUUUGGGGUGGUUGCUUUAGAAAUAGCCUGUGGAAGAAAACCCAUUAACCUAAAGGCCAAAGAAGAUCAAAUAAUGAUGCUGGAAUGGGUCUGGGAUCUCUAUGGGAAAGGAAAUAUUUUAGAGGCAGCCGAUCCUAGGCUAUGUGCAGAAUUUGAUGCGCAACAGAUGCAAUGUUUGAUGACUGUUGGGCUUUGGUGUGCUCACCCAGAUGGAAAUCUCCGGCCUUCAGUAAGGGAAGUAAUUCAUGUCCUUAAUUUUGAAGCGCCAUUGCCCAUUCUCCCUCCAAAGAUGCCCGUCCCAACGUACUCUAUCCCUGGAGCGAUGUCUGCAAUCUUGCUUCCAGCCUCAUCCAGUACCACCGCUUCUGAGAGAAGUCAAACCCAGCUUUCCAGCUAUUGUACAGAUUCAUCAAAGAUAACAACACCUUCUGCAGCUUCUUCUCCAUCUGCGACACUUAUUUCUGUAACACGUUAAGUUGGUGUAGAGUGCAUUUGGUAGUUUCUUUUCUUUGUGUAUUAUAUGUUUAUUACAUCUAAUUAUAAGUCGAUGUAUAAGCUUUGGAUAUACAUCGCCACACCUCAGAAUGCCUAUCAGUAGUUCCUUUGUAUCUUUUACGUACUCACCAAGAAAAUUCAGCCUUAAUUUUUUA